GGUGCGUUUUUUUUGGCAGGCGUACAGCAUUGAAAGGUGCUUGUGCGACUGGGAAAUCUUAAUGUCAAAGCUCUUACCCCGCACAAUUCACCUUACUCAGCUCGUAUGAAUACCGACUCAAACCAACCUUACCUUUACUCCACUGACAUUCAAUGACCACACAGAACCGCAAUGUCAAGCUGUUAGUGGCGAAUCGAGGCGAAAUUGCCAUUCGCAUUCUGAAUUGUGCAAGGGAGCUUGGCUUCGAGACCAUAGCUGUCUACAGUGACCCUGCCGAUAUGUCUCACACUCGCUUCGCUGACACUAAAGUUCAACUUCAGGGUGGACCACUAGCGUUUUUGAAGCCGCAGGCAUUGCUCGAUGUCGCCAAAAAAUGCGGUGCUACUGCAGUUCACCCUGGAUACGGGUUCUUAUCGGAAUCAGCCGAGUUUGCCAGACUAUGCGCCGACAAUGGAAUUCUCUUUGUUGGUCCCUCCGUGACCUCCAUUGAUCAAGUAGGCGACAAACUCUCAGCCCGACAAAUUGCUCUCAAUGCAAAGAUACCAGUGGCACCUGGAACUAAGGAGCCUGUUCAAUCUGCAGACGAGGUACGCCACUUCGGUCAGCAAUAUGGAUACCCUGUUAUGCUCAAAGCCCGCGACGGAGGUGGUGGUCGAGGUAUACGAAUGGUUCAUAAACCGGAAGAUGUCGAAAGCGUAUUGCAACGAUGUAUCAACGAAAGCCCUUCCAAGCAAGUAUUUGUAGAAAAGGCUAUUGUGGGUGCCAAGCAUAUUGAGAUUCAAAUUCUGGGAGAUAAACAUGGUUCUGUGGUUCAUCUUAAAGAUAGAGAUUGCUCGGUUCAACGUCGAUUUCAAAAGAUUAUAGAGAUUGCUCCUUCUGUUGGCAUUUCACCAGCUUUGCGCGCUAAAAUACAACAAUCGGCCAUCAGUUUGGCACAACACAUUCAGUAUGAUUCGGCAGGUACCGUGGAAUUCUUAGUCACGCCAGCUGAUCAACAGUAUUAUUUCCUUGAAGUCAAUCCUCGUAUUCAAGUGGAGCAUACCAUUAGCGAGGAGAUCACAGGGUUGGACAUCGUUCGCUCCCAGAUAUUGGUUGCCUUAGGAGAAUCGCUUCAUGGCUUAGGGAUCUCCCAGUCGAAAAUCGACAAUGCUCCACCAAUGGUCUCAAUUCAGGCUCGUAUCUGUGCCGAAGAUCCACAAAGAGACAACAUGCUCUCGGUUGGCAAAAUAGUUGAUGUAGAAUUUCCCAUGGGUCAUGGUGUUCGUGUGGAUACUUGGAUUCACGCGGGUGCCGUUGUUUUGCCCCAUUUCGAUUCCCUGCUAGCCAAAGUGAUUGUCACCGCCGAGACAUUUCCAGUUGCUAUACAAAAACUGAAAAGAUCCUUGCAGUAUACUCUUAUAGAAGGAGUCAAAACCAACAAAGACUUUUUACUUGCUUUGAUUCAAGAUGAGAAAUUUCUUCAUAAUGAUACUCAGGAUGUCAAUGUCUUGUUUCUGGAAGGAAGAAUACCACAUCUUUUGGAGGUUAGCCGUCAAGCGCUUGGAAAGGCGACGAAAGCUCAAAACAGCAGUGGAGAUCAAAGCGCAGCUUCCCAGCCCAAUUCACUUCAAUUCAAGCCUGGCGAUGUCUUCAACAUUGAGCUAACGUCCACUGACAAGUCUAUUUCCAAACAAGUCCACUCUAUCAAAGUGCAAGAUAUUUCCAUCAAUAACUUUCCUGACAAUUUCAACUCUGCCAUUGAAGUAGCAUCAUCAUCAGCCAAUAGCCUUGGCAGUAAGCUUCAGCUAAAGCUCUCUAGGCGUUCUGCAGCAGCCGACUCAGCUCUACGACGAAAGGCUAUAGGCGAAUCUGGCGAGGUUGCUUGCCCUAUAUCCGGCAUGAUCACUGAGGUCAGCGUCAAACCGGGAGACAAGAUUGAAGCUGGCCAAGAAGUAUUUGUGGUCAGUGCCAUGAAGAUGGAGACGGUUAUAAAAGCAUCUAUUAGUGGCCGGAUCAAAGCGAUCUACGCCAAAGCGAAUGAGCUUGUUGAUGCUGGUGAUCUCAUUGUAGAGAUAGCUGAACAGAAAGACAGUAAACUUUGAAAAUAAAAUUGAAUUGUCCCAUCUCUCCACUUGUACCUGAGCACCAUAUACAA